AUUGAUAAACACUCUUGGCAACCAACAGCUCUAGCUAUCCAACCAGCCAACGCAGCGAGCUUCAGGUACAGAGACCAAUCAAUCUGCGUAUUUGAAAAUCGUGUACUUGAGAAAAUGCCCUUGGCUAUAGACCUGCUCCAUCCCUCUCUGGACAUUGAGAGGAAGCAACACAAGAAAAAGAGACUGGUACAGAAUCCCAACUCUUACUUCAUGGAUGUAAAAUGUCCAGGAUGCUAUAAGAUCACAACUGUGUUCAGCCAUGCCCAGACAGUGGUACUGUGUGUGGGGUGCUCCACAGUACUCUGUCAGCCCACGGGAGGAAAGGCCAGGCUGACCGAAGGUUGCUCUUUCAGGAGAAAGCAACAUUGAAAUGGAAUUAAUGAUCAUGUUGGGGGUUGUGUCACUGAUCAAUGCCUUAACUAUUCAUUGAAUACAAUGAAUGAAGUAUUGAUAUGUAAUUAUGUAUGAAUGGUACAUGGCUAAUUAUGUAUGAAUGGUACAUGGCUUCUUUCUACCAUGUCAUCAGUCUCCCUUUUUGAAUAAAGGUGAUAAUAGCAUGGAUUUCAA